UGAAUGGUUGCUUGGGUAGUGUUUAUCUCGCUCCUCCAGCAAACACCCAUGCACACGCUCUCAGUUUCUUGUGACGAAAGGGGAAUCUUGUAUUUUGUAGUCAAGGGGGGACACAGAAGCAACUUUCGAAGGGAAAAAAAACCACACGCUCCAUCUCCCCAGAGGAAAAGGAACCGCGCUGUUUGUCCUUUUGUAACGGAGCAACACACCCUGGGCGACCGGGGCUGCCUGUGUCUUCUGCGGUUUUUCUUGCUUUCGCCCGCGUAGAUUCACUUCCACCCUCUAAGCGCUCCAGAAGUGAAACAUCAGGCGGGGCGGCCUCAGCCCCGAGGCUGCCAGCUGUGCGCGGGACCCAGCUGCAGGGUAUUCCGGCCGGGCGACCCGCUUAGCCCCUUCCUUCCAACCCGGGGCCAGGCCGGGCAGGGGCGGGGUCCACACGGUCCCGGCGAUGCCCCGCGCACGCGGUAGGGGUCGCUGCGCCGCGGCGCGCUCCUAGCGCGGUGGAUAACGGGGACGGACUGGAGGAGAAAGGAAACCUGCCGAGGGAGGUGGCAGCGGCGGCGGGGAGGGAGCGAGGGAGGGGAGUUCACUUUUGCUCCAGUGUCAGCGCGCGGCGGCUGCAGCGGGCGCUGGCGAGGGAGCACCCAGGGAGCCGGUCGCCCAUCUCGGGGCGGCCAGCGGAGGGCAGCGAGAAGCCGGAUACGAGAGCGCCGGUGGGGCGCGGAGCCGGCGAGCCUGGCCAGCGAGGGAAGCCGCGGGGGGCGCACCCCGGGCGGGCCCCCGGACUCGCGCAGGAUGCCCCACGAAGAGCUGUCCCGGCAGAGACCCCGCUAUGGCUCUAUUGUGGAUGAUGAAAGGCUCUCUGCAGAGGAGAUGGAUGAGAGGCGGCGGCAGAACAUCGCUUAUGAAUAUUUGUGCCACCUAGAGGAAGCCAAAAGGUGGAUGGAAGUCUGUUUAGUUGAAGAAUUGCCACCAACCACUGAACUGGAAGAAGGGCUCCGGAAUGGAGUUUACCUUGCGAAGUUAGCCAAGUUCUUUGCCCCAAAAAUGGUAUCGGAGAAAAAGAUCUAUGAUGUGGAACAAACACGUUAUAAGAAGUCCGGCCUUCAUUUUCGACAUACAGAUAAUACCGUCCAGUGGUUAAGAGCCAUGGAGUCUAUUGGUCUACCCAAGUUCCAUGCAGUUUUAUCCCAUGAACAGAUCUGUGUGACCACCACCACCAUCAAGGCACAGGCAUCGCAGAGGAGCGGGUCUUUAUAUUGCAUCCCUCGCCUAGCCCGGUCCCCAUGCCACCACUAUUUGGUUCUCCAUCUCUAUAAUUCUGUCAUUUUGACAGUGUUUUAUAGACAUGGAAUCAUGUGUCUGUAUCUCUUCAAACUAGGAAUAGCACCUCAGAUUCAGGAUUUGUUGGGCAAAGUAAAUUUCACAGAGGAGGAAAUCAGUAAUAUGAGAAAGGAGCUUGAGAAAUACGGAAUACAGAUGCCGUCUUUCAGCAAAAUAGGUGGUAUUCUGGCCAAUGAACUAUCUGUGGAUGAAGCUGCAUUGCAUGCUGCAGUUAUAGCCAUUAAUGAAGCUAUUGAAAAAGGAAUAGCAGAGCAGACCAUUAUAACUCUAAGAAACCCAAAUGCAGUUUUAACUUUAGUGAACGAAAACCUUGCACAAGACUAUCAGAAGGAGCUCUGGAAAGCCAAAAAGGCAAAAGAGGAAAACGCAAGACUGAAGAAUAACUGUAUUUCAGAAGAAGAAAGAGAUGCAUAUGAAGAACUGCUGACACAAGCAGAAAUCCAAGGCACUAUCAAUAAAGUCAAUAGGCUGGCUGCAGUGGACCACAUCAAUGCCGUCCUUCGGGACGGCAAUCCCGAGAACACACUGCUUGCACUGAAGAAACCAGAGGCCCAGCUGCCUGCUGUUUACCCCUUUGCUGCUGCAAUGUAUCAGACCGAACUGUUCAACCUCCAGAAACAGAAUGCGACGAACUACUUGGUCCAUGAGGAGCUCUUGAUUGCAGUGGAAAUGCUGUCUGCUGUUGCUUUACUAAACCAGGCCUUGGAAAGCAAUGACCUCGUGUCUGUGCAGAACCAACUCAGAAGCCCAAAAAUAGGCUUUAACAAUCUGGACGAGACAUAUGUGGAACGUUAUGCAAAUGAACUACUCUCCAUUAAGCUAGAAACCUCAGCCCAAGGGCAAGAGAACUUAAGCUGGAAUGAAAUUCAAAAUUGUAUUGAUAUGGUUAAUAUUCAAAUUCAAGAAGAAAAUGAACGAGUUGUGGCUGUAGGGUAUAUCAAUGAAGCUAUUGAUGAAGGGAAUCCUGUCAAAACUCUAGAAGGUCUGAUGUUACCUACUGCAAAGAUUAAAGAUGUAGACCCAGACCCAGAGUAUGCCCAGCACUACCAGGAUGUUUUAUACCUUGCUAAAUCACAGAAACUCAUGGACUCUGUGAGUACUUCUAAAAUCCUUUGGCUGGAUGAGAUACAGCAUGCAGUCUAUGAGGCCAACACGCACAAGGACAAAGCAAAACAAUGGGUUACACUGGUCGUUGAUGUUAAUCAGUGUUUGGAGAAAGAAAACACAAAUGAUAUUUUGUCUGUUUUGAAGUCUUCUGUUUGUAAUACAAAUGACAUACUCCCUGAAUGUGCUGACAGGUACUAUGAUGCCCUGGCAAAGAAAAAAGAGCAAAAAUCUACAAGUGUGUCUACUGAAGGUUCAUGGCUCAAACUCACCCUUCAAGAGAAAUAUGAUUACUACUACAAUGUCGACUCAAAAGAGAGUUCCUGGGUCACACCUGAAUCUUGUUUGCUUAAAGAAUCAUGGCUCACAGGAAAAGAAAUUGAGGACAUUAUUGAGGCAGUCACAGCAGAUUACAUUCGUGAGAAGAUGUGGUCUGCUUCCGAAGAUAUGCUUCUUCGCUUUCAAGCCACAAGCUCAGGACCCCUCCUUAGGCAAGAGUACGAAGCUAGGAAAUCAUUUUUGUAUGAGCAAGAAGCGAAUGUGGCCAAAAUACAGGCUUUUUGGAAGGGACAUAAACAACGGAUAGCAUAUAUCGACAGGCGACAAACAUUCAUUGAUCACAUUCCUUCUAUUGUGAAGAUUCAGUCCUGGUUCCGAAUGAUAACAGCACGGAAGAAUUACCUUUCACGACUGCAGUAUUUCAGAGAUCAUAAAAAUGAAAUUGUGAAAAUCCAGUCGCUACUGAGAGCAAACAAAGCUAGAGAUGACUACAAAACAUUGGUUGGCUCUGAAAACCCACCGUUAACGGUAAUCCGCAAAUUUGUGCACCUGUUAGACCAAAGUGACUUGGAUUUCCAGGAGGAGCUAGAGGUUGCACGACUGAGGGGAGAAGUGGUGACCAAGAUCAGGGGCAAUCAACAGCUGGAGAAAGACCUGAACCUGAUGGACAUCAAGAUUGGGCUCCUGGUAAAGAACAGGAUCACACUGGAGGAUGUAAUUUCACACAGAACGAAGCUAAAUAAAAAGAAAGGUGGAGAAAUACUAAAUAACACCGACAACCAGGGAAUCAAAAGUUUGAGUAAGGAGAGGAGAAAAACACUGGAAACAUAUCAGCAAUUGUUUUAUCUUUUACAGACCAAUCCGUUAUACCUCGCUAAGCUGAUUUUCCAGAUGCCACAGAACAAGUCUACUAAAUUUAUGGAUACUGUUAUUUUCACACUAUACAAUUAUGCUUCCAAUCAGCGGGAAGAAUAUCUACUCCUCAAGCUUUUUAAAACGGCUCUGGAGGAAGAAAUAAAAUCAAAGGUGGACCAGGUACAGGACAUCGUUACGGGAAAUCCUACAGUCAUCAAGAUGGUCGUCAGCUUCAACAGAGGUGCCCGUGGACAGAACACGUUGCGCCAGCUCCUGGCUCCAGUGGUGAGAGAGAUCAUCGAUGACAAGUCCCUGAUCAUCAACACAAGCCCCGUAGAUGUGUACAAGGCUUGGGUGAACCAGCUGGAAACACAGACUGGAGAAGCCAGCAAUCUGCCUUAUGAUGUGACCACAGAACAAGCUCUGACAUACCCAGAAGUGAAAAAUAAACUGGAGGCAUCCAAUGAGAACCUGAGAAGGGUCACCAACAAAGUCUUGAAUUCUAUCAUUUCUUCCCUUGAUCUACUGCCUUAUGGAUUGAGGUAUAUAGCCAAAGUACUGAAGAAUUCCAUCCAUGAGAAAUUUCCCGAUGCAACAGAAGAUGAGCUAUUAAAGAUUGUUGGAAACCUCCUGUACUAUCGGUACAUGAACCCAGCGAUCGUAGCUCCAGACGGCUUUGAUAUCAUCGACAUGACAGCCGGAGGUCAGAUAAAUUCUGACCAGCGGAGAAACUUGGGGUCGGUAGCCAAGGUCCUUCAACAUGCAGCCUCCAAUAAGCUGUUCGAAGGAGAAAAUGAGCAUCUCUCAUCUAUGAACAAUUAUUUAUCAGAGACGUAUCAGAAGUUCAGGAAAUAUUUCAAAGAAGCAUGUGAUGUCCCUGAGCCAGAAGAAAAGUUUAAUAUGGAUAAAUACACAGAUGUGGUGACAGUCAGCAAACCAGUCAUUUAUAUUUCAAUUGAAGAAAUCAUCAGCACACAUUCAGUAAGUGGGGUUGGAGGAGCGUCUCAGCAGUGGGUCCAUUGUUCAGACAUCUGUUUCUCGAAAAUGCUUAGUCUCUCUGCAGCGUUUACUGUAAGCAUGUGCAACCUUCAUCUUCCAUUGUUCAUGCACCAUCCCAGUGAGCGAAUUGGGAAAAUAACAAUGUUUUUUUCUGCAGGGGAAGGAGCCAUUGACCCCAGUGAUCCUAACAAGGCAAAUACACUAAAUCAACUCUCAAAGACUGAGAUUUCCCUUUCCUUGACAAGCAAGUACGACUUAAGGGAUGGUGAAGCCAUAGAUGGUCAAAGCCUCAUGAUAAAGACCAAAAAGCUGAUAAUCGAUGUGAUCCGGAACCAAACAGGAAAUACAUUGACAGAAAUCUUAGAGACACCAGCAACUACACAACAGGAAACAGAUCAUGCCACAGACAUGGUGAGCCGUGCAAUUAAAGAUUCCAAGACUCCAGAAGAAAUGAAGCAUAGCCAGUCUAUGGUUGAAGAUGCACAGCUGCCCCUUGAGCAGAAGAAGAGGAAAAUCCAGAGGAACCUUCGGACAUUAGAACAGACGGGACACGUGUCAUCCAAAAAUAAAUACCAGGACAUUCUCAAUGAGAUUGCCAAGGACAUUCGAAAUCAAAGAAUCUAUCGUAAGCUUCGAAAAGCUGAGUUGGUGAAACUUCAGCAGACCUUGGGAGCUCUUAACGAGAAGGCAGCAUUUUAUGAAGAGCAAAUUAAUUAUUAUGACACCUACAUAAAGACUUGCUUAGACAACUUAAAAAUAAAAAAUUCUCGGAGAUCAAUUAAACUGGAUGGAAAAGGAGAACCCAAGGGGGCGAGGAGAGCGAAGCCAGUGAAGUACACAGCCGCUAAGCUGCAUGAGAAGGGUGUCCUGCUGGGGAUAGAUGAUCUGCAGACAAACCAGUUUAAAAAUGUUACAUUUGAUAUCAUAUCUACUGAAGAUGUGGGCAUCUUCGAUGUCAAAUCAAAAUUCCUGAGUGUUGAGAUGGAAAAGGUACAGCUCAAUAUUCAGGAUUUACUGGAGAUGCAGUAUGAAGGAGUAGCUGUAAUGAAAAUGUUUGAUAAGGUUAAAGUGAAUGUAAACCUUCUCAUAUACCUGCUGAAUAAGAAAUUCUAUGGAAAGUGAAGUGCCUCCAGACAUUUCAUGGAUUCUGCAUCAUCUGGAUCGGGAAAUGAGUCUGUUUAGUAUUUUUGUUUUUAAACAUGAUUGAAAUCACUGCUUAUAAAUGUGUGAUGUUUUUAAAAAAAAAAAACCAAAACUAUUCUGAAGAAUGUACCCAUUGUGCCUUGUUGAUAAUUUGAUACUACAGUAGAAUGAUACACAAAAUGAAUUAAUGUAAACACUUUCACAUUAUACUGUGUGAUAGGUACUCUAAUUUUAAACUUUGAACAUUUUGUGAUUUGUUUUAAAGUAGGGAGAAAAGAAGUUUAGUUCACUAGGGACAAAUGUGUAAACCUAUUUUCCUAUUAAAAAAAAGAUUUUAAAUGUCCCAUUUGAAUAAUGUAAUUCUUCAUAGAUCUUUUUUAUCUGUGAAGAAAUGGGAACCUAAUUAUUUGUAAUGAAUUAUUUAGACAGAUACUUAGCUCUAAGCCCUGUCUUCUGGGAGUUAUCAAUUUUAAAGAGAACUUUUGUGCAAUUUAAAAUGAAGUUUUUAUAAGUAAUUGAAGGUGACCAUACAAUAACACUUUCUGUAUAAAAGUAUAUAUUUUAUGUGAUUUAUUCCUAUUAAAUGAAGUGCACUACUGCCUCAUGGUAAAGACUCUUCUACCCAGAGCCUUUAAGUGACUAAGGAACAACGUGGAUAGCAAGCAAUCUUAGGUCGCCACCUGCACCCCUCACAAUUUAUUUCAAUACUUCAAUUGUGCCUCUCAAAUUUUUGUAAUGCAAUAAAAUCAGCAUCUAGAUGGUUUUUAAAUGUAUUCUUUGAAAAUUGUUUCAUGUAAAAUAAAUGUUACUGAAUUACCUUAA